GGAGAUGGCGCUAACUCUGAGACCUUCAGACAGCGGUUCAGGAGAUUUCCUUUACCAGGAGGGGGCUGGGCCCCGGCAGGCUUUCUGUCAGCUCUGGGAAUUUUGCUGUCAGUGGCUACAGCCGGGGUUGUGCACCAAGGAACAGAUUGUAGAAUUGUUGGUGCUAGAGCAGUUCUUGACCAUCUUACCCGUGAAAAUCCAGAACUGGGUACAGGAACAAUGUCCAGAAAGUGGAGAGGAGGCAGUGGCUCUAGUGGAAGAUUUAGAAGAGGAGCCUGGAAGACCUGGACAUUCUCUCUGUGAAGGGCAGGAAGUGCACUUGGAGAAGAUGACACCCCUGAAAUCAUCACAGGAGUUAAUAAGUGUUCGGCAGGAGUCAGUGAAACCCCAGUCCAGGGGUAUACCCAAGAAAGAGAGGGUAAGAAGCCCAGACACGGGACCAAAGGAACAGCUGAAACCGAAGUAGAAUCACAGACCUUUUCAAAGGACAGGAUUUCUGUUUCCUAAAUGUGGUACAGUCUCCAGGCUAGAGCAAGGAGAACCCAUGAUCCCUGAUCUGCUGAAUUCCACAGAGAAGGGACUCCCAAGAGGCAGUCAUACUGGAGAUAGACAAAUGCCUCUUCAUCUGUUACCAUCUAGGAGGGAGAAAAGAAGCUGGGUAGUACAGGAUCACUGGGGCUUGGAGGAUGAGAAGGUGGCAGGUGUGUAGUGGGGCUAUGAAGAGACCAGAACACUCCUCACAAUUCUCAGUCAGACUAAGUUUUAUGAGGCUCUCUGAAACUGUCAUAGAAACAGCCAAGUGUAUGGGGCAGUGGCUGAGCUGCUCCGGGAGUAUGGCUUCCUCCGGACCAUGGAACAGUGUCGGACCAAGUUUAAAGGUCUCCAGAAGAGUUUUCAGAAAGUCAAGGGCGACCCACCUGAGACCUGUCUCUUCUUUGAAGAGAUGGAAGCCCUGAUGAGUGCCCAGGUCAUUGCCCUGCCCAGUAGCGACCUGAAAGGGGCAGCAUUUCACUGUGAUCUAGUAGGCAGUGAUGCUGAGACUCAGAAGCCAAGGCAAGAGGGCUGGCAGUGUGAUAGGGAAGCACAAACAGCCCCAGUUGAGGAGUCCCACAGGGAUCCAAUGGCCCGCAGGGAGGCCACCCUUCAGGACUCUAACCAUUCAUCUGCACCAGUCCUAUUCAGAAGCCCAAGUGGUGUACACCGGGGCUAUGAAGAGACCAAGACUUAUCUUGCAAAUCUUAGUGAGACACAGUUUUAUGAAGCACUCCAGGAUUGUCACCACCUCAGUCAACUGUAUGAAGCAGUGGCUGAGUGCUUAUAAUGGACACCAGAGCAGUGCCAGACUAAAUUUAAAAGCUUACGGACCCGCUAUCAGAAGAUCAAGAAUGGCCAAGCACCAGAAAUCUGUCCCUUCUUUGAAGACAUAGAUGCUUUGGUGAGUGUACCGGUUGCUGUUUGGCCAGAUAGCCCAGAGCAGGACACAAUUUUUUGUCUCAUCCAAGGGACAGUGAAGGCAGAGGAGCAAGCUGAAGGGGCAGAAGAGAACCUAGAAGACGAUUCCGAUGGUGAUGAAGAGGAUACUGAGGUACCCCCAGAGGCUGUCCUAACUCGAGCUCCCGUCUUAUUCCAGAGUCCCAGUGGUUUUGAGGCUGGAUUUGAAAAUGAAAAGAAUUCAAAUCAGGAUAUUGAGGAAGUGCAACUGCAUAGGACACUACUUGCAAGAUCUGAAAGAAAAAUUAUUCCACUUCAUAGUCGUGAUAAAGGCAGGAAGAGUGAAUGCAAAUCAGGAAUGUGGGAAAAGACUCCAGGAGAGAGAAGAGGAAAACUGAUAGUCCUAGAGAAGAAUUCAGGAAAAGUCCUAAAGCAUCUAAAACUGCACUUGAGGGAGAGAGCAUACAUCAGUUAUGGCAAAAACUUUGGUGCAAACUCCCACCUCACGUAUCAGAUAUCCCUUCAGAUGAAGAUUCAUAUGAAGUGUGACUGUGGGAAAAACUUCAGUCGUAGUGCACGCCCCAUUAGACACCAGAGAAUCCACACUGGAGAAAAGCCUUGUAAGUGUUCUGAUGGAAAAAGUUUCCAGGACGGUUCAAAUUUCAUCACCCACAGGAGAAUAUACACAGGAGAGACUUAUCAGUGUGGAAAAUGAUUUAAUCAGAGCUCAAGCCUUAUCAUUCACCAGAGAACCCACACAGAAAGAAAGCCUUAUCAAUGUGAACAGUGUGGAAAAAACUUCAAUAAUAGUUCUCAUUAUAAUGCACACUGGAGGAUACACACAGGAGAGAGACCUCAUGUGUGUCCUGACUGUGGGAAGAGUUUCAGUAAGAGUUCUGAUUUACGUGCACAUGAUAAAACCCACACAGGAGAGAAACCACAGGGUGGCAAGUGUUUCAGGAAAAGCUCUGCCCUUAAUAAGCAUUGAGAAAUCUAUACAAGAGAAAAGCUUCUGUCACAGCCAGCACCUAAGUAA